UUCUAGUGCGCGGGGAUGGCUCCAACCAGAGGCCGGCGCAAGAAGGAGUAUGACGUGGUUGUACAGGGCCAGUCAGCCGAGAAAGUGGCGUCGGAGAUAGCGGCACACAUCGCAGCCAAAGGAUUCUGCACCAUCGACCCUAGACUCGACGAUGACCUUCUGCGGCAAGGUCGUGAGGAGAUCGGGGAGGCUGACGCCCGUGGAAUCCUGAAGCAACCACCUGCCAUGGUCCAUGAUGGCCUGCUUGGAGAAGAGGGGUCAUCGAUGAUCCUGGACCUUUUUCAGGAAGGGCUGUCAGAUUCCAAACCCAGGGAGUUCAGGAACCUCCUUGCGUUGGACGAGUCGAUGUCGGAGCUGGUCAAUGUUUUACAGCUGUCCAUCGGUCAACUGGGCUUUGGGUCGUUGAGUAAGACCCAUGGCUUGCUGCAUGAAACUGGCCUAGCUCCAGAGCAUGCACCAGAUCCCAGUGAGCAUGAAGCAAGCUAUUGGCUAGGAACCUUGGCGCAGAAGAAAAUCAUGAUUCUCCUUUGCUUGGGUCCUGUCCGUGGCACCCUCGAGCUGCAACCCUAUGACGAAGAAGCCGAAGCGUAUGAAGUUCCGACCAUCCCAGGAAGUUUCAUCAUCCUGCGGGCAGAUGCGAUGUGGCACCGGCACUGUGCCCAUUCCAAAGCACACAUCCUUAGUUGUUUCUUGGUAGGCCACGAGGGCCGGAAGACCGGGUCCAACUGGGUGCCGCCCUGCGCCAAAAGUCUGGAGCAAUGGACAGUGGAACGAAUGAGAUAUUUGAAAGAGAGCCAGGCAAAAUCUCAGGAGAAGUUGGAUCUGCCUGCUGGAUGGAUCACGGCGAUGAACCACAUGUUCCACACCGCACAGCGGGUGGCGGUGCGAUCAAUGGCCGCCAGAUAUGCGGGCUCCUGGCAAGUUGAAAAUUGGUACCUUUCACAACCCAGUGGUCCGGACUUGGUCAUUGAAGUACCCCUGAGCCGAUGGGAUGUUGAUCAAUAUUUUGAUCCUGAAGAAACCCACUGGAGACAGGGAAAAACCAUGGCCCGGCAUGGUUCAUUCGUGGAUGGCACCGAGUAUUUCGACAACAAAUUCUUUGGCUUGUCACCUAUGGAAGCGAAGGGCAUGGAUCCUCACCAAAGAGUGGUGCUGGAAGUUGGCUACGAAGCGUGUCAUCAUGCGGGCUACAGCAAAGGAAAGCUCAUGAACAAGAUCGGUGGUGUUUAUCUUGGUAGCAGCUCGACUGUUUUCGGCAUGGUGUCAGAAGUGAGUGGCGCAACUGGCGGUGCAGCAAGUAUCAACUCCAAUCGAUUUAGUUUCUGCUGCUUGGAUCUUUUGAAAUCAUUUGAAAUCUACAUCUCAGCCAUCAGCCAGGAUUGUUCGAGGCGUGCAUAG